AUGAACUCAGCGGAACACGAGGUGGUCUCGACCCAAAUCCUCUCCAGAGCCGUAACAUUCGUCCUCAAUGUGCUCGUGGCCCGGUUGGCUUCACCGGAAGCGUACGGGGUCGGCUAUGUCUCGCUACAGCUCCUCAGCAACCUCAUCCUCUUCGCCGCCAAGGAGGGCUUCCGAAAAGUCGCGCUGCGGGCAGCCCCCCAGGGCGCAGAGGAGCCCGACGAGGCCCUCCAGUCACAGUCUUCCGCCAACUUGGGUUGGUGUGGCUUCGCCUCUGGCGCUGUGGCCGCGGGUCCGCUGGCGUUCUACUGGCUGCGCUCGGCGCCGGCCUCUGCCUCCUGGAGCUAUCAGGGUGCCGUUCUCCUGACCGCCGUUGCUUCAGUGCUCGAGGGGGUCGCCGAGCCCUUCGUGAUUCGAGCCCUGGCGGCUCAGGAGUUCCAGCGGCGCGCGGCCGGCGAGGCCGGCGCGAUCCUGGCGCGAACUUUCGGCAUGCUCUUCUUGACCCUGGCCUUCGGAGAUGUGCCCCUGGCGUUUGGGGCCUCGCAGCUGCUCUUCGCCACGGUGUGGCUGGCUUGGCUGGCCUGGCCUUGUGUCAUGGGUGAGAAGGAGCACCUGUGGCAGCCAAGUCUCUUAGCGGGCGGCGCGCUGGUGCUGCCACACCACUGGGCACUCCUCGUGGAGUUUGCGGGGAUGGUGUUGCUGAAGUUGGCACUCACAGAGGGAGAGAAGAUGCUCCUGCUGGUGCUGUUUACCGAACAGGAUUGGGGGGUUUUCGGUUUGGUGUCGAACCUCGGCUCCAUCAUCCUCCGCUUGCUCUUUGCCCCCAUCGAGGAGAUAGCGUACAGUGUCUUCUCGGCGGCUGGCCCCAACAACUCGAGGGACGCCCAGACCACGAUGCUGCGUGCACUUCUGCUGCUUCAAGGAGGCGUUGGCUGGCUGGGGCUGUGCUAUGGGCCUCACUUCGCCGGUCUGGCUGUCCGCCUCCUCUACGGGCAGAGCUGGGCCGACUCGGAGGCUCCCAUGGUGCUCGCGGCCUACUGUGCCUUCCUCUUCUGCGCCGCGGCGAAUGGCAUCCUCGAGGCCUUCAUGUACUCGCAGUGCCCGCCUGAAUGGGUGCGGCAAUGCACCUUCUGGCAGGUUGGCAUUUCCUUCGUCCUCCUCGGCGUGUCCUGGGCAUUUCGCGGGUGGGGCCCGGUCGCCCUCGUCGGGGCCAACAGCCUGGCCAUGCUCCUGCGCGCGGGGCUAGGCGUUGCCUUUGCUCAUCGCCACCUGCAGCCCUCCGCGGCGCAGCUGCGCCUUGGCCCCGUGGCCCGACUACUGGGCCUGCUGCUCACAGGCAGCCUGGCCUCCUGGCUCUUUCCUCCGGUGGGCUCGCCGCUGCGAGUUUGCGCGGCAGUCUGCGUGGCGGUGUUGGCGAUUUCGCUUCCUCUGGCGCUGUGUCGCCAUGAGCUCCUGGCGACUGUGCGGGCUGUCAGAAGAAGCAAGGAGACGUGA